GCGGCCCGCGGCCCCCAAGGCACUCUGGCCCGCUCUGCGGCGGCCGCGGCCUGGGCGGACGGUUCGCCGCGCGCAGGCGCGGACCCUGGACCUCGCUGCAGCCCCCAGCGCCUCGGGGAGGUACACCGACGGGGGCCGCCCGCCCGCGCGUCAGUGCGCUCCCGCUCGGCCGUCCUCCCGGGUCCUCCCAGCGCUCGCCGCGCGGGGAUGGCGGAGCUGCGGCCUAGCGGCGCCCCCGGCCCCACCGCGCCCCCGGCCCCUGGCCCGACUGCCCCGCCGGCCUUCGCCUCGCUCUUCCCCCCAGGACUGCACGCCAUCUACGGAGAGUGCCGCCGCCUUUACCCCGACCAGCCGAACCCGCUCCAGGUCACAGCUAUCGUCAAGUACUGGUUGGGUGGCCCAGACCCCUUGGAUUAUGUUAGCAUGUACAGGAACGUGGGGAGCCCUUCUGCCAACAUCCCCGAACACUGGCACUACAUCAGCUUCGGCCUCAGCGACCUCUAUGGUGACAGCAGAGUCCAUGAAUUUACAGGAACAGAUGGGCCUAGUGGUUUUGGCUUUGAGUUGACAUUUCGUCUGAAGAGAGAAACAGGGGAGUCUGCUCCCCCAACAUGGCCAGCAGAGCUAAUGCAGGGCUUGGCCAGAUACGUGUUCCAAUCGGGUCCAAUCAUGACUGUCCCCGACCCCACCCCAAGAAGUGAAGGUGCCGGGGAAGUGGAGCAGAUGCCAGAAUUCUGGCUUUGGACUUGCAGGCCAAAGAACACCUUCUGCAGUGGGGAUCACGUGUCUUGGCACAGCCCUUUGGAUAACAGUGAGUCAAGAAUUCAGCACAUGCUGCUGACAGAGGACCCGCAGAUGCAACCUGUGCAGACACCCUUUGGGGUCGUUACCUUCCUCCAGAUCGUUGGUGUCUGCACUGAGGAACUCCAUGCAGCCCAGCAGUGGAAUGGGCAGGGUAUCCUGGAGCUGCUGCGGAUGGUGCCCAUCGCUGGCGGCCCCUGGCUGAUAACUGACAUGCGGAGGGGAGAGACCAUAUUUGAGAUCGAUCCACACCUGCAACAGGAGAGAGUUGAUAAAGGCAUCGAGACGGACGGUUCCAAUCUAAGUGGUGUCAGUGCCAAGUGUGCCUGGGAUGACCUGAGCCGGCCCCCUGAGGAUGACGAAGACAGCCGGAGCAUCUGCAUAGGCACACAGCCCCGGCGGCUCUCUGGCAAAGACACGGAGCAGAUCCGGGAGACCCUGAGGAGAGGACUUGAGAUCAACAGCAAACCCGUCCUUCCACCAAUCAACCCUCAGCGACAGAAUGGCCUCACCCAUGACCGGGCCCCGAGCCGCAAAGACAGCCUGGAAAGCGACAGCUCCACAGCCAUUAUCCCCCAUGAGCUGAUCCGCACACGGCAACUUGAGAGUGUACAUCUGAAAUUCAACCAAGAGUCAGGAGCCCUCAUUCCUCUCUGCCUAAGGGGCAGGCUCCUGCAUGGACGGCACUUUACAUAUAAAAGUAUCACAGGUGACAUGGCCAUCACAUUCGUCUCCACGGGAGUGGAAGGUGCCUUUGCCACUGAGGAGCACCCUUACGCAGCUCAUGGACCCUGGUUACAAAUUCUAUUGACGGAAGAGUUUGUAGAGAAAAUGUUGGAGGACUUAGAAGAUUUGACUUCUCCAGAGGAAGGACUUACCUCAUCCUGGAAAGUCCCUUCGCCUCCCCUGGCCUCCUCCUCAGCAGCACCCCAGUGGGAUCAGCCUUCCUGGCCUUGGUGCCCGAUAGUUCAAACUCCCCAAAGAGUACAGCUGGCCUGAAAAGAAGCUGAAAGUCUCCAUCCUGCCUGAUGUGGUGUUCGAUAGCCCACUGCACUAGCCUGGGCUGGGCCCUGCAGGGGCCAGAGGAGAGCCCAGCUGCUCCCAGUGACUCCGGUGUAACAACGGUGUGAGGGAGAGUCCCACCAGUAAAAGGACAAGUGUGAGGAUGACCGAGCACCUGCAGCCCGGCAGGAUGCUAGGCCUGGGCAGCUGAUCUCCACCUCGCCUGCAGUGCCAAGCCCACACGACCAGGCCCUGAUCCCACUGGGCACUGAGUGGGCAAAUGCAAACCUUCCUUUCCUGCUGCCGCCUCAAGUUCUGGUUUGAGAAGUGACUCUGGACCUUUAAUGUGCUCCUCGGUCUCAGGCCUCCUCUCACCUACCCCCUGCCGAGCACCCAGCAGGAAGGAGGUGGAGUGGCCCUCGGGGUUCACUGCCCAGCUCAAUCUGGGAGCCUUUGGUAGUCAAGCUCCUCCUGCCACCGAACAAUUCCUCUGAUUGUGUUUGGUUUUCUUCCUCUAUUUUAUUUUGUAGAAACCGAUGGUAUUUUAUUGCUCUUCAGAGAUGUCCAGAAGCUGUGUAUAUAAUGUUUUUUAAACAGAACUUUAUUGCCAGAUGAACUUUUGCAUUCUCUCAGACAAGGGCUUGGGGCUAACUCCCUCUGAGCCGCCACCAGAGAAGGUAUGGUGUACACCUGCCUGCCCAGGGCCCAGAGCAGCCAGCUUCAGAGAGGCUUUUCUUCCCAGGUGGGUCUGGUGGAGCCAGGUGGAGCCUGUGGCAGGGGAGAGCUGAGAUUCCCCCAUGAAGCCUUGAGUCCAGUUAAGCUGGGCCAAGAAGGGGUGCUGCUGCUUCCCAGUGGACUGGACCCCACAAAGUUAAAGGACCGUCAGGGUCUCAGAGACUUGGUAGCCUCAGCCUCGUCUCCCAGGCUUGCCUGGGAGAGGGUGAGGCCCAGCACCUCACAGAUCAUCCCCACCUGCCACUCAGGGCCUGGGUCUCCAGCUCUUUGACCACUCCUGUCCCAUUUCCUCAUCCCCUGGGCCUCCCAGCCUCCAGGCUGCAGGACUCUGGCUUAUUAAAAAUGGAAAAAGUAACCCUCUCAACGGCUUUCACUUUGAUUUUGCAAACACUGCAUUCUACCACUCUUCUAUCCUCCCUGCAUCCAGUCAUUUCUCAUCUUUCCUUCCCCAUUCCUGUCCUGCCUCUGGGCCUCUCUGGGUCCUUAAUCCCUUGCCCCAAUACUGAAGUUCUCAUGGCCUUCCUCCCAGAAGCCAACCUAUUUCUGGCCUGUGGUUUUGGGGUCCCUCUUGGAUGAUCUCCCACUUCUGUCCUGAAAUCAACAAGCCCCGUUCAUGCCCUUUUACCCCCAACUCUAGGGACUGCUAUUUCAAGAUCACUCUUCAGGCCUGUCCAAAGCAAAGCCAUUUUGUCCGUCAGGGAUCACACAGGACUAUGCUCUGCCCCGUCCACACCACCAUACACACCAGGAGGCCACAGGAGGCCCACGGGUACAGGACCCC